AUGGCUGAAAAAACGCAGUGUAAGGAUGCAGUGCCGUACCUACGACCGCCGAAAAAAAGUUUCAAACACUUUUUUUAUCAUCAUGAAACGAAAGCUAUUUUUGGAAGAACGGGUUCCAGUUGGGCGAAAAUAUCACUUUUCUAUUUUGUUUUUUACAUCGUACUCGCUGCAAUGUUUACAAUUAUGUUGUGGGUGUUUUUUCAAACAUUAAACACUCAAGAACCCAGAUGGAAACUCGAACAAUCACUCAUAGGAACAAAUCCAGGUAUGGGUUUUAGACCUCACCCACCGGGAGAAAAUGUUGAAAGUACUUUGAUUUGGUACAACGGAAGCGACAGACAAAAUUUUCAGUAUUGGAUAAAUUCUCUGAAUGAAUUUUUAGAAGUUUACAGGCAUCCAGGUUUAACACCGGGAAGAGGACAAAAUAUAUACAAUUGCGAUUACGACAGGCCCCCAAACAGCAAUCAGGUUUGCAACGUUGACGUUAAAAAUUGGCAUCCCUGCACGAAAGAAAAUUCAUUUAAUUAUCACAAAUCCGGGCCCUGCAUAUUUUUAAAAUUAAAUAAAAUUUACGGUUGGAAACCGGAUUAUUAUAACGAUACGGAUAAUUUACCAGAAUCAAUGCCGACAGAUCUCAAAGAACAUAUCGCUUUACAAAAAGCUAUGGAUUCGAAAUUGCUAAACACAAUUUGGGUUAGUUGUCAGGGAGAAAAUCCUUUGGAUAGAGAAAACAUUGGGCCCGUUCAUUACAUUCCGAGAAACAGGGGAUUCCCCGGUUAUUUUUAUCCAUUUGAAAAUAACGAAGGGUAUUUGAGUCCGUUGUUAGCCAUACAUCUCGAAAGGCCGAAAACUGGAAUACUCAUAAACAUUGAAUGUAAAGCUUGGGCGAAAAAUAUAAUACAUAAUCAAAAGGAAAAACUUGGUUCCGUUCACAUAGAAUUACAAAUAGACUAA